AUGUGGGCACGGGAACUGGACUUUGGGCCAUUGAGUAUGGCGAGGAGCAUCCCGAAGCCGAGGUCAUCGGCAUCGACCUGUCUGCCAUACAGCCAGACUUGUACGAGCCUCCAUUCAACGUAUUUCGCUGAAAGAUUGUCAUCUGACUCUUUCAGCACACCUCCAAAUGUGAAGUUCGAGAUCGACGAUAUCGAGGAACCCUGGACCCACACACAGCCUUUCGAUUACAUCCACAGCCGGAUGAUGACAUCGGCUCUUUCAAACUGGAGAAGCUAUCUCCAGAAAUGCUACGAUGGCUUAGCGCCUGGCGGCUACCUCGAGCUUAACGAAAUGGACCCCCUUACCUCAGACGACGGCACCCUCACAGAGGAUCAUGCGCUACUGAAAAGCAUGAACUUGGCGGUUGAGGCCGUAGCCAAAAUGGGUCGUUCUUUUCAGAGCAUUCCGGAGCUGAGGGACAUGAUGGUCGAAAUUGGAUUCCUUGACGUGACCAUGAACCGGUACAAGUGGCCGACCAACACUUGGCCCAAGGACCCGAAACAUAAAGAAAUAGGCAUGUGGAACAACGAGAACUUAAUGUCAGGAGUCGAAGGCUUCCUGAUGGCCCCCCUGACGAGACUCCUUGGAUGGAAGAAGGAGGAAGUCCAGAUUCUUUUGAUCGACGUUCGCAAGGAACUCAACGACCGAAGUAUUCAUGCGUACUACCCGAUUUACUCCGUAUGGGGACGAAAGCCUACACAGGAGGAGGCGGCGGCUUCGGCUUAA